AUGGCUUUCCUGCUCUCUGAACUUCUCAACCCGGACCCGUCAAACCGUCUCAGCGCCGCGUCUGAAGCCGCAGGGAUGGAAACCACCGAGCCCGCUGCGACGUUUUUUGCGCCCGAACUGUUCCAGCCCGACGACGACGCGCCCCUCGAUCAAGAUGCCUUCGAUCGCAAAGCGCAUAUAGAGGACACGAAAAUGGACGAUGAACCCUUGUUCCAGUCUGCUGGGAUCGUAGACAACUACGAUGGGGUGAACGAGGGAGACCACGUUAAGCAGGAGACACUAGACACGUACCCUCCUCUCGACGGCGAGACGGCAGACUCUUCGAUGAUGGACGUGGUAGAAGAGAGCUUCGAUGCAGAAGACAGCCCGGCCAAGGACAGAAGUCAGCCUCCGAAACAACGAAAACAUCCAGGAAAGUCUCGCAAGGCCGAUCCAGAGGCGCCACCCAAAUCCUCGAUCCACUCCUCGAAAAACGAAGGACAGCAUACUGAUCGACGAUACCUCUGUUACCUCUGCCACAAACUCUUCACUAGACGUCGCUCUGUAAGAGAUCACAUCUCCAAGAUCCACAAUAUCAAGACCUGGGAGCCUGUGCGGAGUCUAGAGGUCGUUGUCGAUCCCAUCUCCGGCGAACCCGUGGAACCGCUCGAGGACAUCAUAGCCAGAGGGCCACCCUCUGCAUCUGCGAAACCACCAAAGGCCGAGAAAGCCAAAAAGUCGGCCAAGGGUGAGGAAGAGGAAGAUGAACAUGCCGAAGAAGAGCACGACCAUGAAGAUGAGAAACCAGAAGAACAACAAGGGCUACCCGUUCGUCUGACGCCCUUUCUCGAAUCUCCUGCGCCACCGAUUGUGGUUGCGACCCUGAAAAAAGAGCCAUCGAUUGCUGGGUCAAGAGCGUCUUCAGCAGAACCGUUUGCGACACCAGCGCCCGUUGCGGGCAAAAAGCGCCCUGCUCCUGAUGACGUUGUCAAGCCUCUAUCCGCUGCGGCGAGGAAGAAGGGUACAGCCAAGGUGAAGAGCACGCCCAACAAGAAGCCCAAGCUUAGCGAAUCAGAACAGAGUCCGCCUGCGUCGCGGUCGUCCUUUCGGUCCCCUAGCGCUACUCCCUCUUCGCAUCAGCUUAAGCCACCGCUCUCCAAACUCAAGAAGCAGACGUCAGCCGCCAGCGUCCAGUCAUCGCCGUCUCGGGCUUCAUCUCGGGCUGCUUCCCGGGAGGUUUCGGCGUCUCCGUCGGAAGCCGACUCAGCGACAAGCUCAAACGACGACGGUGAGGUAUUUUGCAUCUGUAGAAAAGGUGACAAUCAUACCUGGAUGAUCGCCUGUGAUGGUGGUUGCGACGAAUGGUUUCAUGGCAACUGUGUCAAUAUCAGGGAGCGUGACGGUGAGCUGAUCGACAAGUACAUCUGCCCGUCGUGUACAAGACCGGGUCUCCAGACAACGUGGAAGCGCAUGUGCCGGCGAAAAGAUUGCCGGAAGCCCGCUCGUGUCACCCAGAUUCCACCCAGCAAAUACUGCUCCGAUGCAUGCGGACGCAUGUUUUUUGUCGAAUUGGUACAGAGAGGGGACUCGCAAGCGCAGACCACCAAGAACGGCGAGUUUAUUGUCGAGGUGCCCAAGCCGAAAAAGCAUCGAAAGAAGCACACGGAGAGAGAAAAGUUCCCGAAAGCUAUUCCCCAUCUUGCCAAUGGUCUGGACCCAGACAGCCGUCUCGCCACCCCGGCCUACAGUGACGAAGAGAGGACCGAGUACGAGACAGACAGCAGUGUCGAUGAUGACAUGCUGCCCAAUCGUGGCGGAGCUUUACGAGCUGGCGAGGUCAAAGCAUUAAUCGAGCGAUGCAAAAACAUUGAAGAAUGGAAGGCACUGGGCAGGAAGCCGGAUACGCCGCCCCGCGACAUGGGCGCGGGCAUGAAAGACGCAGAAGACUCAAAGGAGGCCCCGGCAAGCUUGGAAUACGACGACUUGGAACGUGCGAAAUUGGCCGGUAUCGAAGCAGAGAAGUCCCGGCUCAACGCUCGAAGCGAAAUACUUACUGCCCGAGAGCAGUUUCUGGAGCUGAUCAAGGCACGCUCGACCGCCAUAACGGAAGAGGUUCGCAAAACACAACCCAAGAUGAAAGACCUGUGUGGAUUCGACCCGAGAGUCGCAUGGUCGGACGAAGAGUUCUUGACCUGGUAUGGCCAGAAUGGCGGGAAAGCAACCCUUGAUGCUGGCGCGGACGCCAAAAUCGGACCCCCGGACGAACCGGACGACGAAGCAAACAAGAAACUCCCGAAUGGGAAUAUCCAUCAAGACGACACGGCCAUGCUUGACGAGGACGACGAGAGUGACACGAUGCCCAAGAAGGGCGGCGUGUGUAUCAAAAACAGAUGUCCUCGGCACCGGAACUGGGCCAAGGGACAGCUGGCCGAAGUCAGAUUCGAGCAGGACUUGGUGAGAAGGGCGUUGCAGAGACAAGAGGACUUGGAAGAAGAACUCAGGGGCAGGGCUGUUGUCAGGGCAUGGGAGAAGAGAGGUUGA